AUGAAUGGAAAAUUAAUUGGGGGAGCUAAUGAAAAUAAUUUUAAAAAUUCCCCUGCUUCUCCUUACAUAAAUCUUUUUUAUAAAGAAGAUAAAUUUAAUUUUCAUACAAAAAUUAAUUAUCAUUCUUUUCUUGUCAAAAAUUUAAAACCAAACAAAAUAUAUUCGUUUACUGUACGUUCUGUUGAUAAGAGCGGAAAAGAAUCCAAGGAAAGUAAAGAGGUUGUUCAUAAAACUGCUCCGAAAUAUAAAAAGAUUUUUAAUGUGUCAAAAUGUGGAGCAAAAGGAGAUGGAAAAACAUUAAAUACAGAAAUAAUUCAAAAAGCAAUUGAUAAAUGUUCAAAAAAUUCAAAAUCGGCAUUUGAUUGCAAAAUAUUAAUUUCUGCCGAUAAAUAUGGAAAAAUAUUUUUAACUGGAGCUCUUUAUUUACGUAGUAACAUGACUUUAGAAAUUGAUAAUGGAACAAUUUUACGGGGAUCUCCUAAUUUUGUUGAUUAUCCGUUGGUUAAUAAUGUUGUGGCUGCACUUCUAUAUGGAAUAAAUAAUUUAACAAAUGUUAAAAUUGUCGGAUUAGGUACAAUUGAUGGCCAAGGAUGGCAAAGAAGUUCUUCUGACACAAUUGAUGAAUUGGGAAACCAUCUAGCAUAUUAUGAAAAUAGCUAUUUUAGUACUUGGAAUAUAACGGGAAUUCUAGCCCGCAGCCAGAUGGAAGCAGCUAUAAACCGGUCAAAUGGAAGUAUGAGUAAUUCUGAUUUGGUUAAUGCUUAUGCAAGUGUUCGUUCAAGUCUUAUUACUUUUUAUUAUGCAACAAAUAUUUUUAUUGGAUAUAUUAAAUUAAUAAAUCCAGCAUUUCAUGGAAUUAGAUUUUUACUUGGCAAGAAUGUGGUUUGUGCUUAUACAAAAACAGAAACAUAUAAUGUAAAUAAUGCAGAUGGAAUACAAUCACAAAGCAUAAAUACAAUAAUUUUUAAUAAUUUUAUAAAUAGUGGAGAUGAUUGUGUUGUGUUUAAAGCUGGACAAGGACAAUCUGUUGCUAAUUUCCCUCCAACCCAAUAUGGAUGGGUUUUUAAUAAUUAUAUGAGGGAAGGUCAUGGAGUAGUUGUUCUGGGAAGUGAAACUGGUUCUUGGAUUAAGGAUAUACUUGCUGAAGAUAAUGUUGCUUUUUUAACUGAAAAUGGAAUGAGAGUAAAAAGUACAGCCCAAACAGGCGGAGGUUGCAAAAACUUUUAUUUCCGAGACACAGCAAUGAGGGAAAUUGGCACUAAAAAUAUAAUUGAAAUUAAUGGGCAUUUAUUUAAUCGUUCAAAUGUUAUUUAUCAAUCUGGCUCUCAAUGUGCUUUUGUUCUUUCAAUGACAUAUAAUUUGGGUUCUACAAAUUGGAUUAGAGCUAAAACACCUUCACAUUUUUUGGAUAUUAAUGCGAAAAGUGUAACGGUAGAUAAUGGUAAUACAGCUACAGGAGGGCCUAUGAUUAGUGUGACGGGAUAUUCUGGUCAAGACACUUCUUUAGGAUAUCCAGAGACUUUUAGUAAAAAUGUGACUUUUGAGGACAUUAAAAUUAUUAGAGCCAGACCUGCAAACAUUAGUCGCCUUCAAGAUAGUUUAUUUAAAAAUAUUUUGAUUCAAGAUUGGGGGAAUUUUGCCUCACCAUGGAUUUUAAAUAAUACUAAAAAUUUAAAAUUUAUCAACGUUCAACCAAUGCCUAAUUAA